AUUACACAUAAUGGCUUCGUUGGCAAAUAAGGGAUCGUCGCUUGUUUCGACGCUGAUGACCCAGGCUCGUCCGAAGCUGAAUGUAUUCAUGAAGUACGCCAAGGUGGAGCUGACCCCACCGAGCCCCGGAGACAUUCCUGCCAUCCGUGACGGUAUUGCCCGCAUCAUCUCGGGUGCUCGCACCGGAGCCUGGAAAAAUCUUACUGUCCGUGAAGCCUGGCUCAACACGCUGGUCACGAUGGAAGUGUGCUUCUGGUUCUAUGCCGGCGAGUGCAUUGGCAAGCGUCACCUGGUUGGCUACAACGUCUAA